AUUUUUUUUUAAUCAUGUUCGCGCCCGUCCAGCGCAUCACAAAAUCCCUCAAGCCACAGACUGUUGUAUUAGGUGCUACGCUCGUGUUUGCUGCUGUAGCUAGCGGCACAUACAGCUUUAGAAUAUACAAUCGAUAUAUUCGAAAAUACCAGAUACAUAUUCGACCAGAGAUAGGUGUGUCGGACUCACUUACCAACUCAAACAUAGUCCGCACCCUAGUCAACCCUCACAGCCAUGUUGCCAUGGGAGACUCUCGCUCAGUCGUUUUGACAACGCACUCAGGACAGGAGGCGCCAUCGGAUGAGGCCAUCCUCUCCGCACUUGUAAAUGGCUUUUUCUCAGGUCCAGUUUUUACGCCAGAAAGAAUUGCACUUCGACUUUUAGGACUCCAAUUGGUGAAGUUUGAAGGCUUGGCACCGACAUCACAACAUAUCUGGAAUACUUCACAGAUGCCCAAUACUCAUCUUCCUGCCAAAACAGCAAUAUUAUGGGGAUGUUUCCAAGUCGCCAAUAUUGAGUUAUCGAGCUCUACAUAUGGAGAUAAUAAAAGUAUAAUUGAUAUUGUCUUCGGUAAUAAUAAGGGGCAGUUUGCUGGCUGCCAUCGAUUUUCUAUCAAACGACUCGAGGCAAAGUCUCAUUCCCAGAGAGAGCCUACACAAUUUCACAUACAGUUGGAAUGCAUUGUCUGUAAUCCAACCGUUAAUAAGCCGAUUGGUAUUAGCUUUCUGGGAGGAUUUCACAUCAUAUACGCAAAUAUGCUUUUUAGGGAUGCUGUGACAGAGGCAAAGCACAGGCUAAGUCUUAGCAGUGCGUAAUAAAUGCCAUGCCGAAAAGUGAAGUUUUUCU